GUGUCGCUGUAGAGCAGGGCAUGUCUUGGUCUUGGACUUGGACUGGGUGGGAAAAGGCGCAGCUAUUCGGAGCUCGGCUCCUACUAAGUGGCCGGUUGUCUGUUCACGUUGUCCGCCCGGUGGAGUUGACAAGAGAUGGCCCGCUGUCGCUACGGAAGGUCAACUUCCCACUGAGGAUCCUCAGCACAGGCGCGCUACCUGCCGAGUCCAGCUGUUUUUGUUUUGUUUACAUCCUCCCAAUGGGGCUCUUGCUAUAACAGCGAGGACCUCUGGAUAUUAAAUGCAGCUAACGAGACUGAUGGAACCAGAUUCUUCUAUAAUAUCGCCCGCGUCGGCAACAUUAAGAUGAUCCUCGGUUCUCUGUGCAGUGAGAAGGCUCUCCGUGUUAUAGUCGUCUUCAUGAAGACCCGGUUUUGACAACAGAUCAGGGCCAGUUGGGGCCGAGACGUCUCGUUCGAGACUUCUACUCUACCCGUCCGACUCGGAGCGAUCCUGAAGAUCUCAGCGCUCGCCUGUCCUCAACAUGGAGCUGUUCUUUAACCCCUUCGACAGCUUGGUGUGCAUCCUCCUGGGUAUCUCCUUCACCGUGUGGUUCACGCUGCUGCUCGUCUUCAUCAUUGUUCCCGCCAUCUUCGGGGUGUCCUUUGGCAUCCGACGCCUCUACAUGAAGUCGCUGUUGAAGAUCUUUGAGUGGGCUACACUGAGGAUGGAGAGAGGAGCCAAAGAAAAUAAUCAUCCCUUGUAUAAACCCUACUCAAAUGCUAUCAUUGCAAAGCAUCCCACUUCUUUGGAAGAAGAGAUCAAGGAGAUUCGGCGCAGCGGCAGCAACAAAGACCUGGACUCGGCGCCCGAGUUCGAGAUGUCGGACAUCUUCUAUUUUGCUCGAAGAGGGGUGGAGAGCAUCAUGGACGACGAGGUGACCAAGCGGUUCUCGCCAGAGGAGUUGGAGUCUUGGAAUCUGCUGACGCGCAGCAACUACAACUUCCACUACAUCAGCCUGAGGCUGACUGUGCUGUGGGGACUGGGCCUGCUGAUCCGCUACGGCAUCCUUUUGCCUCUCAGGGUAACUCUUGCCUUCACUGGUGUUGGCCUCCUGGUAUUCCUCACUUCUCUCAUAGGCCUACUGCCCAAUGGAAGGAUGAAAAACGUCCUGAGUGAGAAGGUCCACCUUAUGUGCAACAGAAUAUGUGUCAGAGCUCUGACUGCCAUCAUAACAUAUCACGACAGUGAAAAUAAACCCAAAAAUGGAGGAAUAUGCGUGGCCAACCACACAUCACCCAUUGAUGUCAUAAUUCUGGCCAGUGAUGGCUGCUACGCAAUGGUGGGCCAAAUUCACGGGGGCUUGAUGGGAAUCAUUCAGAGAUCCAUGGUGAGGGCCUGCCCGCACAUUUGGUUUGAGCGCUCAGAGGUCAAAGACCGACAUCUAGUGGCCAACAGGCUGAGUGACCAUGCACAGGAUAAAUCGAAGCUUCCCAUUCUCAUAUUCCCAGAAGGUACAUGCAUUAACAACACGUCAGUUAUGAUGUUUAAAAAAGGCAGUUUUGAAAUCGGCGGCACAGUGUACCCUGUGGCUAUCAAGUAUGAUCCCAGAUUUGGAGACGCCUUCUGGAACAGCAGCAAGUUCGGAAUGGUCAACUACCUGUUACGUAUGAUGAGCAGCUGGGCCAUUGUCUGCAGCGUGUGGUACCUUCCUCCUAUGUCCAGAGAGGAAGGGGAGGAUGCUGUACAGUUUGCCAAUCGGGUAAAAGCAGCCAUUGCCAGACAAGGAGGAUUAGUGGACCUUUUGUGGGACGGAGGGCUGAAGAGAGGAAAGGUAAAAGAUACUUUUAAGGAAGAACAGCAGAAGCUGUACAGCAAAAUGCUGGUGGGCACCCAAGAGGAUCGCAGCCGCUCCUGAAAGAUUUGGGAGGAGGUGGAUCGGCUCAAAGCCCUCACAGGGAAGCUCUGACUGCAAAUCAAGUCAGUUGCGCGCCCUCUAGAAGUUGAGCUUCUUCGACUUUUCUCUGCCUCAAACGGUCGUCUGCUGUUUGCAGCGUUGUAUCAGGUCCAUCGGCGUUACAUGAAACAAGCCUCACCUGCAUUCAGAAUGGAAAAGUAAUCAUGCUCCGAGAUGGAGCCAUGUCUUCCUUGUGGAUGAGGAAGAACUUGUAAUAUGUAUGUCAUUAAGUUUCUUUGUUUUCUAAUUUAAUUUUACAAUGUUUGUAUUUCACUUAUGUUUUAAGCUAACCCUGGUUCUACCUGGGUAUAUAACUGAGUUAUAGAUGAUAAAAAUGGUGUUUUGAGAGUUUGCAUGACUGGCUUGUGUCUGACAUAAUGCCAGAGUUUGUUACAUUGACAACUAUUUUUGUGAGCUUUUUUUUUUUUUUUUUCUUUCUUUCCAAGAGACAGAAUCUUGUAUUUUAAGCUUUGUGUUUUACAUGAAGGCUUGCAUCGACCUGUGAUUGCGACAGCAGUAACUGUUGUGACCGGAACUCUUGUUGCUGGUUCGUUUUCCAUGGAAUGUGUCAAUGCUCACAUUGUGAAGUGGAAAUAUUGCACCUGUUCCAGCGAAUGAUGGCGUAUAUCAAGUUAAAGAACAGACUUGCGAUGCCUAACAGCUCAAUCAUCAGUGCCCAUGGUCAACAGGUAAUCAUGCAGCUUUAAAUAAUUACAAUGGGUCUUUGAAAUGAAAAGCAACUAAUCAUUACAAUCCCUAACCGGCUUCACUGGCCACCGAUUUGUUUCAGCGACAACAAGUUUGUCUUAUUUAUUUGAACUGAACUCCCAAGGCUAUUGCGUUGAUUUCCCCUUGCUUUGGUGAUCUUUGUCCUACUUGGCGAACUUUUCAAGAAGAGAAAGUGUAGCAGUAGUUUGGCCUCCUUCAGGCUGGAGUUAACCGCCAAACGUGCUCAUCAAAAUAAACCCUCAAGAAUGUCA